AUGACAACGACGGUGACACAUUUUAGGUAAGAAGUUAAGAAAUUUGAAAAAGAAAAAAAUACAUAUGAAACCAUUUUUUAAAGUGGUACACCUUUGUAAAAAUUGUUACAACAUGUAACAUAUAAACAUAAAGAUCUUACAUCUAACAAUAUAUUGUAAAUAUUAUGGUUACAUUAUAACGUACUAAUCUCCAACACUGCGUCAAUUAAGUAAAUUAUAGAAAUAAAAGACGCAUCAAGAACUGUCAUACACCUUCAAAACCAAAUACGGUUAGGCUAAUGUCCGCUCGCGUACAUCGGUAACGAGAAGUCGAGAACCAAAGUCUCGAGAAAGCGAAAUGACAGUACUCACUACAAAAUCAGAAGAUACAAGCAAUUCCUAGUACUCUAUGCUUAAAAUUUCAGAACAAAUCUUUAUAAUCCUUCGUGAGAUGUAACAUACCAACCUAGGUGGCGUGCAUAUAUCGCAAACAAUCUUUGGAAACACCCGAGAAGUUCAAUUUGUAAUAAUUUCGUUCAGUCCAUACGGUGUAACAUUUUUUCCUGUUGCAAUGUUUCAUGUUGCGAUGUUUCAUGUUCAUUAAUAAAAAUCUAAUGGAAAUUGCUUAAAAAUAAAAUUAAUACAUUAUAAUUACUUAAUAUAUACAAUAUAAUUACUUAAUACAAUGCGAUUUGCGAACGACAACAAUUAUAUGUUUCGCUUGUUUGUAAAUCGCUUUAUUAUUAUUAUUUUUCUUAAUCAAAUUAAAUUAAGAGUUAAAUCGAUGAUAUAAAUUUUUACCGGAAAUUAUCUGAUUCAUUCAAAUUAAAUCGUAAGUAAUAAACCUUUGCCAGUUAGGGAAACGUUAUAAUCAUUGUAAGAGUUAAAAUUUAUUUGAAAGACACCUCGUAUCCAGUACGUAGUUGUGUGAUUUUCAUAGUCUAUGAUUGAAGUCGAGGCAUGUGGUGGUGUACGAGUGCGGAAGCUCCUUCGUAAGAGUUGUAAAGGAGUUUCCUCCACGUUUUUGGUUUUGACAGGUAUAUGUUUGUACACGUCUGUAUUAAAUAGUACGAAGUAACGGCAUAAUACACAUUCGAAAAAAAAUUACUUUUACCAAUUAUGCGAUGUGUUUAUAAAAUACUAUUACAGCAGUAUGUUUUAUUAUUAAUUGUUCGAGGUUAGGAACUCGUGGUAAAACUAAGCAUUGUAUUUUCAUGUAUUUAAACAUUUUAAUUAAAUACAAAUAUAUGGGAAUUAUUAUAUAAUUAAUGUAUGACAUUAAUUUGCUGUCUUUCAUUUUAUACCCUAAUUGAAAAAAAUUUGUUUACAGACGGAAUCUAAGUAGAACAUAUGUUGAAUUAUUUUUCAAGUAGUUAAUUUAAUAAUAUUUACCAUUGUCAGGGAUUGAACAGGUUCAAUUAUUUCAUUAUGUUUAAAUACAUAUUUAUCGUUUGAAUACGUAUCUUUCAGAGUUAUAUUUUAAUUGUGGCUUUUCUUAUCGAUCGUGUAUUUGUUAUUUAAUAGCUUGCGAUUAACCGUGAUUGUAAUAGAUACUGUUUAAAAACUUUGUAUCACGCGUAUUUAAUAUUCAAGAAGAGUACUUUAUAUACAACAGAGUUUAACGUUACAAUAGAUUUUAAAUAAUCCCUCUGUUAAAUCUAAAUUCUACUAAAUGUAAUUUUCAGGCAGGUAAAUAUUUUACCAUCAUGCCUCCAAAAAAGUCAAUGGAGGAAACCGACCGGUUAACUCGUAUCGCUAUUGUCAAUUCUGAUAAAUGUAAACCAAAACGGUGUAGGCAAGAAUGCAAAAGAUCUUGCCCGGUAGUACGAAUGGGAAAACUCUGUAUAGAAGUUAAUCCAAAUAGUAAGAUAGCAUCGAUAUCUGAAGAACUAUGUAUCGGAUGUGGUAUUUGCGUCAAGAAAUGUCCAUUCGAGGCAAUAUCUAUAAUUAAUCUUCCUAGUAAUUUAGAGAAAGAAACAACACAUCGCUAUUCAAAAAAUUCAUUUAAACUGCAUAGACUGCCUAUUCCAAGGCCUGGCGAAGUAUUAGGGUUGGUUGGAACUAAUGGAAUUGGGAAAUCAACUGCUCUGAAAAUUUUGGCAGGCAAACAAAAGCCUAAUUUAGGUCGAUAUUCUGAUCCACCAGACUGGACAGAAAUUUUAAGUCAUUUUAGAGGUAGCGAAUUGCAAAAUUAUUUUACUAAAAUAUUAGAAGAUGAUUUAAAAGCUCUUAUUAAACCUCAGUAUGUAGAUCAAAUUCCUAAAGCUGUGAAAGGUACUGUGCAACAGCUUUUAGAUAAAAAAGACGAGUGUAAAAAUCAAUUGGAAAUUUGCGAAAUGUUAGAUUUAAUGCACAUACGUGACAGAGGUAUCGAUGCAUUGUCCGGUGGGGAACUUCAACGUUUUGCAUGUGCUAUGGUGUGCAUUCAAAACGGAGAUAUUUUCAUGUUUGACGAACCAUCUUCGUAUUUAGAUGUAAAGCAACGUCUUAACGCGGCUUUGACAAUUCGAUCUCUUAUUCAUCCUGAUAAGUUUAUAAUAGUAGUGGAACACGACUUGUCAGUUUUAGACUAUUUAUCUGACUUUAUUUGUUGCCUUUAUGGCGUUCCGGGGGCGUAUGGCGUUGUUACCAUGCCUUUCUCUGUUAGAGAAGGUAUCAACAUUUUUCUCGAUGGGUUUGUACCAACGGAAAAUUUGAGAUUCCGCGAGGAGUCUCUUGUAUUUAAAGUGGCCGAAAGUGCAACCGAGGAGGAAGUCAAACGCAUGAAUCAUUACGAAUAUCCCGCGAUGACGAAAACAAUGGGUUCUUUUAAAUUAAACGUUGAAAAGGGCCAAUUUACAGACUCAGAAAUUCUCGUGUUACUUGGUGAGAAUGGAACGGGGAAAACCACAUUCAUUAGAAUGUUGGCUGGUAAUUUGCCACCUGAUGACGGAUCGGGAAGUAUUCCGCAAUUACAUAUUAGUUACAAACCACAAAAAAUUAGUCCCAAAUCUCAAGGAAUCGUACGGCAAUUGCUGCAUGAGAAAAUCAGGGACGCUUACGUUCAUCCUCAAUUUGUAACAGACGUCAUGAAACCGUUGAAAAUAGACGAUAUUAUGGAUCAAGAGGUACAGAAUCUCUCCGGAGGGGAAUUACAACGAGUUGCUUUAGCUUUGUGUCUUGGAAAACCUGCCGAUGUCUAUUUAAUCGACGAGCCGUCUGCUUAUUUGGACUCGGAGCAACGUUUGGUUGCAGCUAAAGUAAUAAAACGGUUUAUUCUACACGCCAAGAAAACAGGAUUCGUUGUAGAGCAUGACUUCAUCAUGGCUACAUACUUGGCCGAUCGUGUAAUUGUAUUUUCUGGAACUCCGUCUUUAGCAACCGUUGCUCAUAGCCCGCAGUCUUUAUUAAACGGAAUGAACAGAUUCUUGGAACUCUUAGGUAUUACAUUCAGAAGAGAUCCGAACAAUUUCAGACCGAGAAUUAACAAGAGCCAGUCUGUGAAAGACUUGGAACAAAAGAAAGCUGGACAAUAUUUCUUCCUCGAAGAAUGAGAUACGAUCUCAUUCGUAAGUUGAGUAGCAGUUAUAAAAUACUAUUAAGAAGUUUUUGUAAAUCUUUAUACGUUUAAAAGUCGCGAAUGGAUUUCUUACUACACAUUAAAUAUCAAUGACGCGUGUUCUGCGUUAUAUCGAUCUCGGAAUACUGAUUUCGGUACAUAAGUUCUUUUCGUUCGUGCGAUAUUUAUCAAAAUAAAUAACGUAGUUUUCCUAAUACAUAAUCUCGAUACGUUACAGAUUUAAAAGAACGUACAAUUGUAUUUUUUUAUCAAUGGAAUUAUCACAAAUUAUAUUAAUUUAUACUCGAAAGUAUAUGUCCGUUUGCAUUUCCAACUCGGCGAGUAAACGAUAUAAUGCAUUUUUUCGUAUAAAUAAUAAUUUAUGUCCAAUCGUGCAAAACGAAAUAACAGAGAUUAAUCUCGAUAUGUACAUCUGCUAUGCAACAUGAAUUACAAUUAUAAUACAUCUGGAAUAAAAAAAGGAAGAAUG